AUGGAGCUCGCCCGGCGGCUGCUGGCGCUGGCGUUGCUGGCGCUGCCCGCCUGCCUGGCCGCUCAAGCAGCAGACUCGGUGGUCGACGUCCUGACGGUGCUACAGCUGCAGAAGGAGCCCGAGGGAGUCCGCAAAACACCGGGCUUCUGCCCUCAGAAGCGCUUGGGCUCCGGACCAGACGCGGCUUUCCGGAUAUCCAGACGGGCCCAGAUCAGUGCCCCAACACGGCAGCUCUUCCCAGGUGAGUUCCCCGAGGACUUCUCCGUGAUGGCGCUGCUGAAGGCCAAGCCGGGCCGUCCCGUCUUCCUGCUCUCCGUCUACGAUCGCCACGGCGUGCAGCAGCUGGGUCUUGAGCUCGGCCGCUCCCUCCGGUUCCUCUACCGUGACCAGAACGGCCACCCCGCCCCCGAGGACUACCCGGUCUUCCGCGGGGCCAACCUGACCGACGGCAGGUGGCAUCGGGUGGCACUGAGUGUGAAGAAGAAGCAGGUGACGCUAUUCCUGGACUGCAAGAAGAAGGCCACCAUGCCCCUCCCCCGGGGGAACAAGCCCCUGCUGGACACCAAGGGCAUCACCAUCUUCGGGGCCCGGAUCCUGGACGAGGGGGUCUUCGAGGGAGACAUCCAGCAGCUGCGGAUCAGCUCCAACCCCCAGGCCGCCCACAGUUACUGCCCGGACUGCGGGGGCCCACCACAGAAGCCCCAAGCCCAGGAAGCUCAGCAGAGGCCCCCCAGGCCUGAGACGCUGCCCAAGACGAAGCCCCCCACCCACGCCAAGCAGCCCCAGAAGCGCCAGCUGCCCGGCCCAUCGCCCACCGCCCCCAGGACGGAAGCCCCAGAAGGGAAGCGGCUCGGCGGCCCCAAGGAUUCCCGCGAUGGGAAACCGCUUGGCAACGGAAAGGCCUCGGCCGCCGGAAAAACCCCCAAGGCCACCAGCCCCAGUGCCAAGGCGGCCUCGGCCGGCAAGAAGGCAGGGGGCCCGGCCCAGGCAGCCCGGGGCCCACGAAGCAGCUACCAACAGGAGGAGGCGGCUGACGUGGAGGAGGGUCUGGACUAUGGAAACGGCGAUCCUAACCCCGGCGAGAUGGGCCCCCUGCUCUCAGCCCAGGCCCCCUACGAAGCCGUCGCAGUUCUCGGAGCCCGUGGCCUGAAGGGAGAGAAAGGGGAACCAGCCGUCUUUGAACCUGGGAUGGUUGUGCCCGGCCGGCCCGGCCCCGAAGGACCCCGGGGCGCGAGUGGGCCGCCUGGCACCCAGGGGAUGCCCGGAGCUCCUGGCGACCCCGGAGAGCGGGGCCCCCCUGGACGGGCCGGAUUCCCGGGGUCAGACGGACGUCCAGGGCCCCCCGGCACCUCCAUGAUGCUUCCGUUCCGUUUCGGGAGCCCCGCCGGGGGCCAGAAGGGGCCGGUCGCGAUGGCCCAGGAGGCCCAGGCCCAGGCGUUCCUGCAGCAGGCCCGCCUAUCCUUGCGUGGCCCUCCAGGACCCAUGGGGUACACCGGCCGCCCAGGACCCAUGGGUGAACAGGGAGUCUCCGGCGUGAAGGGGGAGCCCGGAGAUUUUGGCCAACAGGGGCCCCAGGGACAACAGGGACUGAGUGGCCCCCCAGGGAAGCCCGGCCGUCGCGGCAGGGAGGGCGCAGACGGCGCACGGGGGAUGCCUGGAGUGCCUGGCCUCAAGGGCGAUAGGGGUUUCGACGGGCUGCCUGGCCUCCCGGGGGACAAGGGAUAUCGGGGAGACCCCGGUGCGCAAGGAGUCUCUGGACCCCCGGGCGAAGACGGCGAGAGGGGUGACGAUGGAGAGAUCGGGCCCCGUGGCUCCCCUGGAGAACCGGGACCAAGAGGGCUGCUUGGCCCCAAAGGGGCCCCGGGCGUCCCGGGGCCACAGGGCGUGCGUGGCGUGGACGGCCCCCACGGACCGAAGGGGGGCCUGGGUCCGCAAGGGGAGCCGGGACCCCCUGGCCAACAGGGGGCACCUGGAACUCAGGGUCUGCCGGGACCACAAGGCCCCAUGGGGGCCCCGGGGGAAAAGGGACCCCAAGGGAAAUCUGGCCUUCCUGGGAUGCCCGGCUCGGAUGGACCCCCGGGCCACCCGGGCAAAGAGGGACUUCCUGGCGCCAAAGGCAACCCGGGCCCCUCCGGCCCCCAAGGCCUGGUGGGCUACCCGGGUCCUCGUGGAGGAAAGGGUACAGACGGCGUCCGCGGCUUGAAAGGGCAAAAGGGCGAGAAGGGCGAAGAAGGCUUCCCGGGCAUCAAGGGAGACGUGGGGCCGAAAGGCGACAGGGGUGAGUUGGGGGUCCCAGGGUCCCGUGGAGAAGACGGACCCGAAGGCUCCAAGGGGCGGACGGGACCCCCUGGAGACCCCGGCCCUUCCGGACUGGUGGGAGAGAAGGGCAAACUUGGUGUGCCGGGACUCCCCGGAUAUCCCGGCCGACAGGGCCUCAAGGGCUCCCAAGGUUUCCCCGGCUUCCCCGGGUCGGGCGGAGAGAAGGGGCUUCGGGGCCUCUCUGGGAAAAUGGGACCACGAGGCGAGCGAGGACCCUCCGGCCCCAGGGGCCAGCAUGGGCCACGAGGAGCCACCGGGAAGUUCGGAGCCAAGGGCACCUCUGGUGGCGAAGGGCCCUCGGGGCCCCCAGGAGAACGGGGGCAACCAGGAACUCAGGGGCCGAACGGAUUUCCCGGACCGAAAGGCCCGCCGGGCCCCCCCGGGAAGGACGGGAUGCCCGGCCACCCGGGACAGCGUGGAGAAGUGGGGCUGCAAGGGAAGGCCGGCUCUCCAGGUGGCCCCGGGAUCGUGGGGCCACAGGGGCCUGCGGGGGAAACGGGCCAGUUGGGGGAGAGGGGCCACUCGGGGCCCCCAGGACCUCCAGGAGAACAAGGCCUGCCAGGGCCCUCCGGGAAGGAAGGAACCAAGGGCGACCCAGGAACCACCGGAGGCCCCGGGAAGGACGGACCCCCAGGGCUGAGGGGCUUCCCCGGAGAGCGAGGCCUUCCCGGCACGGCUGGGGGCCCUGGACUGAAAGGCAACGAGGGACCUGCCGGCCCCCCAGGACCAGCGGGGUCUCCCGGAGAGAAGGGUCCCGCAGGAUCAGGAGGCCCCGUUGGGCCUCCAGGCAGACCUGGCCCCCAGGGGCCACAUGGCCCGGGGGGAGAGAAGGGCGUGCCUGGUGAAAAAGGACCCAUUGGCCCCGCUGGCCGAGAUGGUGCCCAGGGCCCCAUUGGUUUGCCCGGCCCUGCAGGGCCACACGGGGCCCCGGGUGAGGACGGUGAUAAGGGAGAAGUGGGGGACCCGGGUCGCAAGGGGCCCAAAGGCGGCAAAGGCGAGCAGGGUCCCCCGGGGCCCCCAGGCUCCCUCGGUUCGGUUGGACAGCCGGGUCCGGCGGGUGCGGAUGGUGAGCCAGGAGCGAGGGGCGCCCAGGGCCAUUAUGGGGCGAAGGGGGACGACGGCAUCCGAGGAUUCAAUGGGGCACCAGGACCCAUUGGCUUACAGGGGCUGCCCGGACCAUCUGGGGAGAAGGGGGAGACAGGCGACGGUGGACCCCUAGGACCCCCAGGACCCCCAGGACCCCGAGGCCCAGCUGGGCCCUCCGGAGCUAGCGGUCCGCAAGGCCCCCCAGGAGGGAUUGGAAACGAGGGUCCACCAGGACAAAAGGGCGAAUCGGGAGAGCAGGGUGGGCCUGGAGGCCCCGGAGAGCCUGGCCCGAAGGGCCCACGGGGUGAGCAAGGAGAGAAAGGGGAAGCCGGGAGCGCUGGUGUGGCUGGACCCCCCGGAGGGAGAGGCCCUGUCGGGGACGAUGGGCCCAAGGGGAACCCGGGCCCAGUCGGCUUCCCUGGAGACCCCGGACCCCCCGGAGGAAUCGGGCCCCGGGGCCAAGACGGAGCCAAAGGCGAGCAAGGAGAAAACGGGGAACCCGGAGAGGCGGGGUCUCCGGGGCCAUCUGGUGAGGCUGGUCCCCCUGGGCCACUCGGGAAGCGGGGCCCCGCUGGAGCUCCCGGCCCCGAGGGACGGCAGGGGAUGAAGGGCAAGAAGGGAGAAUCGGGAGCCCUCGGGCCCCCUGGCAAAACCGGAGCUGUGGGACCCCAGGGGACACCUGGAAAACCUGGCAUGGAGGGCUUGAGAGGCGUCCCUGGAUCUGUGGGGGCCCAAGGCAAACCAGGAACCACAGGCCAGGCUGGGCCCCCAGGACCUGCGGGCCCCCCUGGACUGCCUGGACUGAAGGGCGAGACGGGCCCCAAAGGAGAGAAGGGCCACCCGGGACUCAUCGGCUUGAUUGGACCGGCUGGAGAGCAAGGAGACAAAGGGGACCAAGGGGCCCCUGGGCCCUCAGGGAGUGGUGGGCUUAAAGGAGAGACUGGCAUCCCUGGACCGACCGGCCCUCUUGGCCCCGCAGGGCCCCCUGGACUUCCUGGUUCUCCCGGUCCUCAGGGUGCCAAAGGAGCCACGGGCGAAGCCGGACCCAAAGGACAGCGGGGCAUUCCUGGCCCCCCUGGGAAGCCGGGUCCACCAGGCGAAGCCAUCCAGCCCCUACCAAUCCAGCGCCACAAGAAGAGCCGGCGCUCGGUGGAUGGUAGCCAGCUGGUGCCAGAGGAGGUGGAGGAGAUGGCGGCCGAUGGGGCAGCGGGACAGCCGACCUCCCGGCGUGUGGAGGAGAUCUACGGCUCCCUGGAGUCCCUCCGCCAGGAGAUCGAGGGGAUGCGGAAGCCACUGGGCACCCAGGACAGCCCUGCCCGCACCUGCCAGGACCUCCGGCUGAGCCAGCCUGAACUGCCCGACGGCGAAUACUGGAUCGACCCCAACCAGGGCUGUACCCGCGACUCCUUCAAGGUUUAUUGUAACUUCACGGCGGGGGGUGAGACAUGCGUCUUCCCCAGCUGGGAAUCUCGAGAGGUGGCAAUGGCUGCCUGGGAGGAGGAGAUGCCGCCGAGGUGGUUCAGCCAGUUCCAGAAGGGCCAUCAGUUCUCCUACGUGGAUGCGGAGGGCCACCCUCUGGGCGUGGUUCAGCUCUCCUUCCUGCGCCUGCUGAGCACCUCUGCCCGCCAGAACUUCACCUACCACUGCCAGCACUCGAUCGCCUGGCACAGCUCGGGGUCCCCCACCUUGGAGGGCUACCAGCAGGCCCUGCGCUUCCGGGGGGCCAACGAGGACGACCUGAGCUACGACAACAGCCCCUACAUCAAGGCCCUGGUGGAUGGCUGUGCGGCAAGGAAAGCAUCCGGCGAGACACUCCUGGAGGUCAACACCCCCCAAGUGGAGCACCUGCCCUUGCUGGAUGUGCACCUGAUGGACUUUGGGCAGGCCGGGCAGGGCUUCGGCUUUGAGGUGGGGGCCGCCUGCUUCCUUGGCUAG